AUGGUCCAGAAACUACCUCCGAUCCUCGCCGAUCGCCAUGAUGCCGCUCCAUUCUGGGUCUCAUACACUUCCACUGCAACCCUCAUCGCCCAGGCUGGUCCUAAGGCGAAUUCGCAAACCGCCACGACACAAUCAGCAUCGCACGAACGUCUCAAUGGACCGAUUCGUGCUGCGUGGCCGCCAGUAGCCCCCGAAGCUCCAGUGACCAUUACUCACUCUGGCGGGUCGGAACGAAAAGUCCCCAACGUCUUCGAGUUCCUGGAAAAGGAUGACGAAAGCUCGGACUCUUCAGCAUCAUCAUCGUCAUCCUCGUCAGAAUCGGAAUCUUCCGACGACGAAGAACCAGCGACCAAGGUGCAUGCUCAGGCGAUUGCAAAGAUCCAGUCACCCAAGCCUCGGGCAAAUCUUGCCUCGCACGCAAUCUUGAACGCUUCAAAGCCUUUGAUCAAACCAUCAUCGACAGUGGCACCGAGGUCUAAUCCUGUUCAUUCUCCUAUCCCGCCCCCGGCGCCCACGGCACCGGCACCGGCACCGGCACCGACACCAGUACCCGUCGAUGCAUACCGUCUCGCCAGGCGCAGUCGGGAGCCUUCACCCAAAGCGUCAGCCACGGAAUCUACUUUUCACAGUGAAAAGUCUCUGGCACCAUCGAGGCCGGAAAACCUUUACCAGCCUGACAAUGCACCGGCGCUUCUCCGCGACCCGUUCCCACCGUCCCCGCCAAGCAGCCCAGAAGAAAGUACACAUGCAAAAACCAUAUCAAGAAGACAAGAUUUGCAGGCCCUGCGAGUAUCUUCGGGAUACGGAUUGAUCGCCUCUCAGCUCACUCGCUCGACCGCACAGGAAAAGGCAGCUUUCCCCCCGCUGUAUCGACGUUUUGAGAGUGUGAAUCAUCGUGUCUUGUUGCACCUCCAGGAUGAAAUUGCUCAAAUGGAAGAAGAUCUCAACACCCUCGACGAGUAUGAAGAGAUCCACCGAGUGGCUACCGCCGAGCAACAGGGCACAAAGCCGGCCCCGGCCUCGCGCAGAACGGAGGUUCAGGCCCAAGCGUACUCAUCGCUUCAUUAUCGGCGCAUGGACCUGAUGGCCGCCCUGAUCCAGAAGACGGAACAAUACAAUACCGCUUUAAGCGCUUACAGCAAGGUGCUUCAAACGCUCCCCGGUGCUUCUGAGGAAGCUAUUACAAAUUAUCGUUCAUGGAUGAGGGAACAUGGUCCUAUCGCCGCCUCGGAGACCCGGUUUCUAGAGUCGGGUACGGAUCUGGUGGCGCUGACCCCUCGAUUGGCAGCGUCUGCCGCCGCAGCUCCGGUAUAUAUAGCCAUCCUCAUCGCCGCCGGUGCUCUCUUGAUACCUCUGCUGGCGUUCACUAUGAUUGCCGAGUUUUUGGGCCGUCUUGUAGUUGUCACGGUCAUUGCCGGGGCCGCCGCGGUUAUUGCUGCAAACUACUCGUCUGGUAUUGAGGCCCUCGUGGACUCACGAGAUGGAUGGAAAUGUGCUGCAAUGUACUUUGGCUUCAUGACUUUUGCUGCCAUGUUCAUCCCCUAA